CAGUCAGGACACUGAAUAUAAACUGAACAAGUCAAUCGACGGUCUUUCAUUUCAUUCCCACAUCCAUCAUGUCUGGACUAAUUUGGACUGAAUUACACUUGACAUCAAUCUGAAGUGAACAUAAUCGCAGUGACAGGCUCGCAUCUUUCUCCUCCUCCUCCCCCGUUAUCCGCCGGUCACCCACAUGAGCGCGAGACCGCGAGGAUGAGGAGGAGAGCGCGCGCGCGCUCGGAGAUUACCGCGUGAGUGAAGUCAAAGAAGAGAGACCGGAGGGAUUAACCUGCGAAAACUACAAGAAAACAUGAAUUAAAAAAAAAAAAACGCGGCGCUGGUAAUAUCGUGUUAAAGAUGGGUGUUUUCGGAGAAUAAAAAAAAGGAAGAGAGAACGGAACGCGCGCUUAAUUACCGCCAAAACACGAAGUGACCUCGAGCAGAAGACAGGUUUAAGGCAAAUAAUACGUUUACAGAUUAGAUAUUUGUUUCAUUAAGUGUGUGAGAUACAUCGAGGCCUGUGCGUCGUCCGUUAGGAUGCCGAUCCCCAAUCUUUCAGAGUAAAUGGGGAACGUUGUUCUGUCGCAUCAUUGAAGACAGCAGCACAAACACGCUGAAGAUCAAAUACAAUAUGGGAAGCAACCGAGCCAACAGGUACAGCAUUGUGUCUCCUGACGAGGAGGCACUGAAGAUCUCCACCCUCGGCCUCCACAACGGCCACGGCUCUGGCCGGCUGCACUCCCCCGGAGAAGCGGAGGGUCCGAGCGCGGCAGCACUGGCGAUGGGCACUGGCUACAAUGGGAGGAUCUCCACGUCUGGCCGAGGCCAGCUGCGCAGCCGCUUCGUCAAGAAGAACGGCCAGUGCAACGUGGUCUUCACCAACAUGGACGACAAGCCGUGGCGGUACCUGGCAGACAUCUUCACAACGUGCGUGGACAUCCGCUGGCGGUACCUGCUAAUGGUCUUCUGCUCCACUUUCUUGGUGUCCUGGUUCAUCUUUGGCUUGAUCUUCUACAGUGUUUCUCUGGCUCACGGGGACUUCGAUAAUGAUCGUGGCAGUGGCGGGAAGCAGUGGAAACCAUGUUUGCUGCAUGUGGAGGGAUUUGUAGGGGCCUUCCUGUUCUCCAUUGAGACCCAAACCACUAUUGGCUACGGCUGGCGCUGCGUGACCGAAGAGUGUCCCGUAGCGAUCGUGACGGUGGUGGUGCAAUCGAUUGUUGGAUGCAUCAUUGAUUCCUUCAUGAUUGGCACCAUCAUGGCCAAAAUGGCACGUCCAAAGAAGAGGAACCAAACCUUGCUUUUUUCCCAGAACGCAGUGAUUGCGCUGCGCGACGGGAAGCUGUGCUUGAUGUGGCGAGUUGGGAACCUUCGGCGGAGCCACAUUGUUGAGGCUCACGUCCGGGCGCAGCUCAUCCGACCCUACGUGACGGCUGAAGGCGAGUUCAUCCCGCUUGAACAGAUGGAUCUAAAUGUGGGCUACGAUGAAGGCACUGAUCGCCUCUUCUUAGUGUCGCCUUUGGUCAUUGUGCACGAGAUCGACGAGGACUCGCCGCUUUGGACCAUGAGCCGAGCAGACCUCGAGUCCGAUGACUUUGAGAUCGUGGUAAUCCUGGAGGGAAUGGUGGAAGCGACGGCCAUGACCACGCAAACCCGAAGUUCCUACCUCUCCCGUGAGAUCCUUUGGGGUCACCGAUUCGAGCCCGUCAUCUUUGAGGACCGCGACCGCUACAAGGUCGAUUACGCUCACUUCCACAAAACCUACGAGGUUCCCUCGACGCCUGCCUGCAGCGCUAAGGAGUUGAAAGAACUGACUGGGCGCCGUUCGUCCACUUCGUCCCGUUCCGAGACGCCGGACAGCCGCUGCCACCGCGGGGCCCAAACGCUCUUCCCACCGCACUCACCCAGCGCCUUCUGCUACGAGAACGAGGUGGCGCUGUGCUGCGGAGAAGACGAGGAGGAGCGGACGGGCGAGAAUCUGACCGGGGUUCCCACAGACUUCCAGAAAAUGUUCCAGGACUCGGCCACGAUGACCUCCGGCAGCAACAUGCUCUGCGUAUUAGACAUGGACAAUCAGAUUGAGUUUGACAUUCUGCAGACUGCCAUACCGCUCGACCCCAUGACUUACAAGAGCGAGUCUGAGAUAUGACAUUCCCACAAGUAAAUACAUUUAUAUUUAUUUAACCACCUUUACAAAAAUAA